AUGCUGGACAUUGUCGACUUCGACUUUGGCUUUGGACAGCCGAGCCUCUACCCCAACCCAGCGCCAAAUCAGCCUUUGCCGCCGCCAUUCCACGGUGGCAUGGAAGAACUCAUGGCAGGAGAUUCAAUUUCUCACGCGUGGAGUCCCCCGCAAUCUGCAACAUCGGAGUCGGCAUUCACGUCACCUGUGGCUCCACAGCCAGAUCCAGCCAACCACGUCUAUCUUGGUAGUCCUGGCCCCUUCAGGCAAUCAGUCAGGCCUGGUCAACAACUCGACAUCACUCCGGAGAGGCGGCAGAGAAGACGUGGGCCGGGACCGUCUGCGGAAGAGUGGAUGCCCCGGAUCAUCAACGUCAACUCCAGGCUCUUCGAGCUUUCGUCAAGCCUCCCACACCAGGCCGAAGCUUCUGACGAGCCGUCUCGAUACAGCAUGGCAUCCAGUCCCGAAGAGGGCAGUGCAAUGAUGACGCCUUUCCCGGUGGACGAGAUGUUCAAACUUUCGCGCCACUUUGCCGAGAUACUUGCGGAGAUGGGACCGAUCGAAGACGCCUCCCCCGCUAGCGACAUGGAAAGGCACCAGCCGAGUAAGGGACUCGACUCACUUGCGGAUCCGGCGACUUGCCUCUUCAUUCUCUCCACAUAUGUUCGACUCCUCGACAUGUACCAGAAGGUGUUCAGCUGCAUUCACUUUCAACUAGGACAUUUGCAGCCGGCCAGCCUGUUUCAGUCAUGGAAACUCCCUGGUGUCACUGUCGGAUCUUUUGCGGUAGACUCGACGCCUUCACUGCAAAUGUCUCUUACGAUUCAAUUAGCCGAAGAGUUUCUCUUGCAGAUGCGGCGAGCAGCAUCAUCACUGGACCCGACUCUGCGAUCGGCAGAGUCUCCAGCAGGAAGAACGCUUGACGCGACUUCCAUGUUUUCUGGGGUGGUGGAUGUCUCAUUCCAGGCCCUGAAGAGGCAAGAAGAGAGUCUUGGACAGGAACUAAAGGACCUACGUAAGGACAUGGAGUCCUUCCUUGACGGAUGA